UUGUUGAAAGGGUCCCAAUAGAGACCCAAAUGUAUGCUAGUGCAUGUCAGCAUCAGACCGCAAUCUCAACCUCAUUCAAAUCCACCAAGAAACACAAAGAGGCUAACCUCAAGACCUAAACUUAACCACAGCAACAAGGAAUCUUUCCCUUGUUUGUUUUCUUGGAAUUCCAAAGUGGAAACUUGCCGUUGGCUUUCUUUUCUGAAGCUUCACCUCCCUGGUACCGCAGCAAAGGACACCCGUUUUCUUAUUCCCUCUGGUUUGUUUGUCCUAGUGGAUUUCUUUUCCUUUGAAGAUGGUCCAAAGAAAGGUUGCCGAUAAGCUUGGAAUCCAAGCUGAUCGAAUAAAGUCCGAGAAGCUAUCGGCGACCUUCAGACCCUCUUCUCAUCAGAACCACGACGGCAAAACCAGAGGGACUGACCUGAAAAAGAAGAUGAAGAGGUCAAGACCGAUGAAGCUCUCCAGCUUCGACGGCUCGAGAUCAGCUGCCUUCAAGAAGGAAGUAGCGCAACCCGGAAGACCGCCGCCCUGCGUUGCUCCGACUUCCGCAGCAGCUUUGCAGAAGCAGUCUCCCAUCAAGCCAAAGGGUGCUGUGCCUAACUAUAUGAAGUCCACCAGCUGUUCAGUUGCCAGAAAGGAGUAUUCUCAGGUAAUUUCGCAGACAACUAAAACUGGUUCUGAUACUAAGAAUCUGCAUAGAAGAACUUCUGGUUCUUCAAAACUGACCCCUGCUUCGUCUGGUAACACAUCCCCGAAGAACCUAAAGAGGUCAUCCAGUUUGAAACUAGUUAGGACUCUAACGAAGACCCCUAGUUUCAAGCCUGCAAGGUCAUCAGUCAAAAGGUGUUCCAAAGUAGUUCUCUGUGCAGACAUGGAUGCCCAGAGAGCUACCUGUUCUUCGACUCUGAAGGACUCGAAGUUUCCUGAAUACCUCAUGCUUAAUCCUGGCGGAACCGAAGCAGACGGAACUUCAGCGACGAAGGUCUGUCCCUACACUUAUUGCUCUCUCAAUGGUCAUCACCAUGCUCGAUCGCCUCCUCUCAAGUGCUUCCUCUCGGCACGGAGACGGUUGAUGAAGACCCAAAAGAAUGCAAAAGUAGUGCCUCUAACCCCAAACGAUGAGGGUCUUGAUGGUAAACCUGCUAGUGAGGAGGAAAAAAUUGGACUGGAAUUUUUUGUUGAAAUUUACGCUAAAACUGAAGAUGAAGUCUCUUCUUCCAUUGGAAGAGUUGAUAUUAAGGAAGAAAUGGUUGAGUUAGCAGGGGGAAGCAAAGAUGCUGAUAUCACCACUUACGAGGUAACUGCAGAUGAACAAAAAGCAAAAUAUGCAGAUGAUGAGCAGAGUGAUAAGAAACUAUCUGAUGUGUCGUCACAUUGCGAAGACGAUCUUAAGCGAAACCUAGAAGGGUAUAUUGAUGAGAGUAACAAAAUGGUCGAAGGUGAGAGCUUUUGUGGAGAAAGUGUCAAACUCCUGGACUCCUGUUCAGAAGAUUUGGGUAUGGAGUGGGAUGCGGGAGAGGAUGCUGUUUCAGAGCUUGAUGGAGAAGAGAUUUACUCAACAGAAGAGGAUAAUCUAUCAUGUUCAGAUAUUGAGUACAUAGCAGAAAUAGAAGAUCCUACUUUGCUCAAAAUAGCUGCCGUCGCUUGUCAGAAUAUUGACAGCAAUUGGAAGGAAAUUUCCAAUGAUCAAGCACUGAACGAAGGAAAGCAUGCAAGCUUUGAUGUCCAAAUGCCAAGCCUUGAUAUGGAAGUUGGAGGUGAAGAUGAUGCGCUGCGGGGUUCUGAACCUAGCCACGUCUUUGAUUACUUAAGCUACAGCGACGAUUCAUCCAUAGAGGAUGAAUUUGAAGAUGUGAAAAACCCCAAUGGAAGUGGACAAGCUUCACUAGAGGAGGUCCUCGCAGAAGUAAAGGCAUCCUUUGAAGAGGCUGAAGAAGAAAACGUUCCUGGUGCUGACAAUGUCAAUGCCAAUAUGCUUUUGAAUGCAGUCAGUGACGAAUCCAACAGCUUGGACAUGAUAGGCUAUGCCCCAUAUGAUCAGAAGAAUAAUGACGUUUCCCAAACAUCUGAGUUCGAUGCUCGUCCAGGUUUGACAGAAGAUGAGGAGGCACAAGUUCAUACGGAUCUUACCACCAAGUGUAGCAGCCUCGAUGAGGAAAUCCUUCACAAUGAUGUUGGAGAGAGAACAACAGAAGCAGAGGAUAAUCAUGAUUCUGCAUCGGUGGCAACAACCAUGAAUUCUGAUCAACCAUCCGAAAAUUCCUGCAAAGGUGAUGAAGACACGCCAACACAUGCAGUGGAUGAUGCUGAGGAGCAGGAAGAUCCAAGAAGUAAAAGAUCUUACCAAGACGAAUACUCUGGUGGAGAACCUCCUGAAAUGGAAGGAGGGAAAACUACAGAGCCUGAUUCAGCAGAUUCAAUCCUCAAAGAGGACAAUUCCACUGAAGUGAAGUCAACGAGGAUAUACUCCAGGUUGAAGUGCAAUCCUGAUGAAGAAACAUUUGAUUCCUUUAAGAAUUUGAAGGGCACAACCAGAUGUAAAAGAUCCGGUGAGCCGAGUGAGGACCUACGGAGUUUUAACCCGAAAGAACCGAACUAUCUGCCACUACCUCCUGAUCCAGACGCUGAAAGAGUUGAUUUGAAGCACCAGAUGAUGGAUGAUAGGAAAAAUUCAGAAGAAUGGAUGCUUGACUAUGCACUCAGACAAACUGUGACAAAGCUAGCUCCUGCUAGGAAGAGAAAGGUAGCACUUCUGGUCGAGGCUUUCGAAAAAGUCAUGCCAACUUCAAAGUAUGAAACCCAUCUUCAAAGCACAUCAGCAAGCUUCCCUCAUGCAAGACCUAUUCAAGCUUGCAGCUGAAAAAGAUCCCUAAAGCAAGGUUAUAAGCAACAGGGUGCAUUUCAAGCAGGUCGAGAGGUUUGGCAGGCAUCACAGGCUUGAUAGAGCAUACCCUAUUCGGCUCUUACAUUUCGGAUCGGGCAGCUUGGAGAAGGGAAUCAUGGGACAAACCUUGAACUGCUCCGAAGGCAGGCAAACUACGAGUGUCUACUUGGUGGCCAAAAAAAAAAAAAAAAAAAAACUGUUUUGAGUGUCAAGCUUGUUGAUAUAUAUGCACCGUCGGUGCAAUACAUGGCGUUUGAAUUUCCUUAUGAACAGGGUAUCCAUGUAGCCUCAGUUGUAGGGGCACUUGGCUCCAAACUCCCGUGACUUAUUCUAUUUGAUGUUUGUCUGAUAUAAUGUAUUGCAAGAUCAUGUUUAUGCUCUAAA